AUGAAAGUGAAGAAUGAUCAUCGCAGUAAACCUUGCUCUAGUAAGUAAUUUGCCCAGUUCUCUACUUCUCUCAAGUUGGUUUUUGAAGCUCCCGGUAAAGCUUUGCGUUCUCGAAGCUUCGCGGCUUACUUGCCCCCUCGCCAAUGAGACUAUGAGAUGAACUCGUGUGUGAAAUUCUCAAAGUUCCUGUUUUCGUCGGACGGGUCUUCUUCUUCCCUAUCCGAAGUUUAGUCCAAAAGGCAUAUGUUGCUUGCAGUAUAAACAAGAACAGAAUCAAUCUUUAAACAGACUCUACGAAACAUGUUUUAUGGAUCACGCAACGCCCUCUGGGUUGCUAGGUUGAUAAUUGAUAAUGUUCAGUGCUUCCUUGAGGCAGUCCAGUUAAUUAUCAGACAUUUUAAACUUGGAGAAAAUUCUGCUCCGCAGAAAAAAAAAUUCAAUCAUUCUCAUUCCUCCGCGGUCAAAAGAUCAUAAUUGAUUUCUAUCAGCUUAAAAAUUGUUGAUCCGGGUACGUCACAAAAUUUUUUUCAUUUGAGAGAGUUGUGGUCCUCCUCAUCAUACGUUAGUUAUCAAGUUCUAUUACUGUGUUUAAAGACUGCUCAGUACCCAUUUUACAGUCCAUUUUACAAAAGUCAAAUAACUGCUGAUGAUAGGACAUGACAAACAUAAUUUUAAAUAAACUAUAACAAGAUCCAUCUAAAAUAGCAAAAACCUUUCAAACCGAUUAAACUACCAAAAUAUCACAUGAACUUAUCUUGAUGAGAUUCCCCCGCGUUUAUUAAUGAGAUAAAGACAAAAGGUUAUUGUAAGCGCCAGGAAUGUUUUCCGUCACCUUUAUAGUAUUUUUAUGUUCGCCGCGUUCUUAGUUAUUUUCGUGUUCGCGACUUUAGUGCUGUUGUUUGUGCGCUUGGUCCAGUUUACAGUUUAAUGUUUGGGUUUUUGCUCGUCCUAGUUUUUCGUCCUUAUCUCGCUAUCGUCUUGUAAGUAUCUCGUUUGUUUCAUUCGCAUUUCCAGUUUGCCUUAUUGCUUUCGUUCAGUUUGUAGGUUGUUUUAUCUUGACUUUGUAUUUGUUUAAUUGUUAUUUUUCAGUACCGUUAUACUUCACAUCGGUUCACUUGUUUCCCUUCACCAGUUGUAGAAGUUCUAGAAUAAAGUUUGUGUGAUAAAAACUAUAGCGCGUAAAGGCUGCGACUAUAGUUAUGACGUCAUCGGUGUUAUUACUGCAAUACUGUAUGUACUUCUAUGGUUCUGCAAAUAAAGCUUUUUGUAGUUGUUGUAUUCCACACAAAAUUUAAGUAAAUCCACAGGUUAAUUCCUAUACCACUACUGGCUCGUUACAAUCCGGAAACAGUUUUUUUUUAUGUAGUGGUUACGUCAAGGUGCUUUAACGUAAACGUUCAUGCAAGUUUCCACAUCCUGGAUAAUUUUAUCUAUUUUAAAUUAAAUUUAAUAACGUGAAUACUAACCAAAAUCAGCAACAGAUAGAAAGGUUUGAAUUCUUCUUGAUUCCAGAACAGACCGUGGAUAAUCAAUGGUGUCAUUUUAGUUCAACGGGUAGAAUUGUAUUAAGUUUUAAAAUUCCAAGGGCCAAAUAUUUAAACAAGGUCUAACUUAAGCCGCGGUUUAACGAAUCUUUGAACCUCCAGAUCUCUCCUUUGGUGGGUUGUUUUAAGAAGAUAAAUGCUUUUCUAGUCUUCUCUAUGUGCUUUCAUAAAACUGUUCACAAUAAAGGAGGUGUAGAUAAAAUCGGCGGGCAAAUUGAAAAUGACUUAGAACGCGGUUUUGUUAAACACUGGCUAAACUACGUUUAAAUAUUUGGGCCUAUGUUCUUGCUUCUUGUUUGCACAAGAAACAAAAUCUAAUGGGUUUCUGAUAAGUGCAAUAAAGUUAAAUUCAUAUAUUUUUAAGUUGCAGAUUUAACAUGAGAAUUUCAAAUUGUCAAGUCCUGUUCCUAGCGAUUUUCAUUUUCUUUUUAUGUUUGUUACUUCUGCAAGGUUGGUAAAAAAAACUUGUCCCUCCCAUAAGAAGUCAUAUUUUCUGUACUUUAAUGAACGCAGAAGAUAAAUAAGCUGGAAAGAACGUAAUUUUUCCGUCGACAAUCCGGUUUUAUUAACUUUGUUGAUAAAGUAAAUUGGUCUCCACCGAGAGAUUGAGAAGCCCGUUACACCUGCGAAGCGCCGCCAGUCCUGCUUCGUCCGGGCAAUUUGCUCUGACGUUGGGCUGUCCCUCGGAGCGUCAGCUUAGUCAGUCUCUCAGCGAUGGCUAAUUUACUUUAUCAAAUGUCCCUCCCUUUUCCACACUACCAACACCACCAACACAGCAUCGCGGUUUCUGUAAAAAUUAACCUUUUUAAAGGCCGUUUCUUCUUCCUUGCCGUCCUUAAAACCAUUUAUAGAACUCUCAAAGGCAAAACAAAGAAAGUAAUCAUUGAAUGGUACGUAACUGGAUUGGAACACUAACCGAGUACAAGCCAUGUUUUCAGUGUUAAUAGGACAAUUUAAUUGGAAAGUAGACUUCAUGCCAAAUAAGCCGUGGAAAGUUCAUGACGGGCGCAGCACGUGUGCGACAAUAGCACAGCUGCGCUUCAAAAUGAGUCCUUCUGUCACUCGUAUUAUUAAACUAGGGAACGAAUUAUCCUUUCAAUAAACAAAUCACCUAUCACCGUGUUUUCUCAUAUUAUUGUGUUAUGAUUAUCCUCUUUUGAUAGUGUAUAUUUUACUUGUCUUAAUACAUUUUAGCUCCUCACUUGAGAAUUAUCAAACGAGAAGCAUUUGCUUUUGUGGCUACAGAUGACAAAUAUGCCGAGCGAGCCCUGGUAGCAGCUUUAUCUUUGAAAAAAGUGCAAACAACUAAGCCAAUGGUCCUUAUCUGUACUCCGGGGGUAGUCUCUAUUUCAAGGUGAGGUUUCUAGGAUUGGCCUUCACUUGGAGGGGAAAUUUGACUCUUCAGUUCAUAACAGUGAGAAACAGUAAGCUUCAGUCACGAAAAAAAAAAUUGAGCUCAGUGAGAAUCUUCACGUUUUUAUCCCUAUUACACGCGUCACGUUGUGGUACGUUACAUCUUGGAAGCAUUGAAGCUGAAAUCCGGAGGGUACUGCUGACAAUUCUUGGUGGUAUUGUGCUGCCCGGUACUCCAAAUAAAAAAAUACCAGUUCACAAACCCGUUUUCAGACCAAAAAAACAGGGGUUACAAACGCGACAUACAUCUUUGCACAGGAAGCAGAAAUUAUUUAGAUUAGAACGUCAACAGAAAUCCAUUUUGAAUUCGCAUGUUACUCUUUGAAGCGACAAAUACCUUCGAAACCCGUAUCCGAUUCCAGUUAACAAAUACAUUUCAUGUUGCCGUACGUCUGUUCGGUAACAGAUCACAGAUGACGUCAAAAUGUGUUAAAAACAAAGAAGUGGCACACGAGCCGCAGGCAGACUGAUGUUUUUACCACAUUUUGACGUCCUCUGUGAUCUAUUACUAAACAGACCCAAGGCAACAUGGAAUCUAUUUGUUUUAUACAAUGAUCAGAAACGAAAAACGACCGAUACACAUACCUGCCUCGUACUGCUUGACUUUUCGAGGAUUUGUGCUAGUUUAGGAAUUUUUAAAGUCCCUAGCGCUACUUUUCGUCUCUGCUUUUUCUUUAUUUUACUUGUAUACAGUUUCUUCGAAACGUUUUUCAACGUCUUUUGUUGCACAAAGCAGAAUAAUGGCAAAAACAUUUUGCAAAACAGCGAGUCUCCCGUGGCGAUGACACACGAUGGCAACUGUAGGGAAGAUUUUUUUGUGGUUUAGGCAUUCUCAAAUAGUCAAGAGCUUUUUUUGUCUCCGUUUCUCCAUUUUUCUUCUUUGUAAAUAGCUCCUGCUAAACUUUUUUGGAGGCUUUUACUUGCCUUAAUCCGAAAUAAUCUCACAAACAUUUUCAAAACCGCGCGCCAUGUUGAACAACAACAACAACAAAACAAGUUUCCCGUGACGACAUCCAUGUAUCUAUACUCUAAUAGAUCAUGGGCAACGACCAAUCACAGCGCGCGUAGCAUUUACGUCAUUGUAUAAACAAAAAUGAGUAAUGUCUACAUACUUAUAUGGCUAAUAUACGGGAGUAGCCCACCCCCCCCCAGCGCUGAAAAAAAUUGAAGUAAAUUUUUUAAUCCCAGGUUUAAAAAUUUUGGUGUCUUUGACGAAAUUGUGAUGAGACCUGAGCUGAACAUACCUCAAAAUGACCAGAAUCCAAACCUUUUAUUGAGACCUUGGAUUACAAAAACGUUUACAAAACUCAACAUCUGGACUCUGACAUCUUACACCAAGAUAGUCUACCUGGACACUGAUGUCUUGGUUCUGAAGAAUAUCGACGAUCUAUUUCAACGUGAUGAGCUUUCAGCUGGGCCUGAAGAUUUGUGGCCAGACGUCUUUAAUAGUGGAGUUCUGGUGAUAGAACCAUCGAUGGCUACAUUUACGAGGCUAAUAAAGGAAGCAAAGUCAAAGCCAAGCUGGGAUGGUAUGAUUUAAGAAUCAUCGUUUCUUGACUAAUCCUCUAGCUUGGGGACUUUACCUUGUGUAAGCUGAUAACUCUCUCCAAUUAAAUUACCGUAAAUGACCUAUUAAACGCCCACUUCCAAAUAAACGCCUCUUAUCCAUGAUCAACACCCCCUCUAGGCUGUUAAAAUUCUAUUAGAUGCCGCUUUCUAAUAACUCCCCCCCCCGUCCAGUAGAUUCCCCCUACUCCAAAACACUAGGAAUUAGCAAAAAGAAGCAAAAUCAUUCAAUUCAUUCAAUUCCUUGCUUGACUAAUAAGGCUUUGAGAAUUUCAUCAUUUUCAAUGUCAAGUUUAAGUAGUAUAGGAGGGAUGUUUUAGGCCCCUUUUUUGAGCAGGAAUCUCAUAAGCUUGAGCAGGAAUACAUUAACGCCGAUGACGUCAUAGGCUAUUGUCCUCAUCUCAUGAAUAAAAUGCGGUGGAUUUAAUUAAGUAUACUGGUUUGACCGGUUUGUCAGGUUCUAUUUUUAGCCUGGUUGAUAUAACUGGUUUAUUUUUGUUUUAUGACAUAACCUAUUGUCUUGAACUCAUGAAUAAAAUGCGGUGGAAUAAAUUAGCGUCUAUGUCGUAAUACUCUAUUGUCUUGUACUCAUGAAUAAAAUGAAGGGGAAUAAAUUAGUACCUAUGUCGUAAUAACCUAUUGUCUCGAACUCAUGAAUAAAAUGCGGAUUUGUUUUCCCUCCUCCUCCUCAUUUUGAUUGUUUUCCCCCCUCCUCCACCUCCUCCUCCUCAUUUCUAUUGUUUUCCCUCCACUACCACCGCCACCACAUUUCUAUAGUUUUCCCUCCACCACCACCACCACCACCGCCACCAAAUUUCUAUUGUUUUCCCUCCACCACCACCACCACCGGGAGGGAUGUUUUACGCCGGUUUUUUGCGCAGGAAUCUCAUUAGCGUGCGCAGGAAUAAAUUAACUAGGUGAAGUCAUAUGUUAUUGUCCUAAUCUCAUGAAUAAAAUGCUGUGGUAUCUCAUAAAGAUAAGGUCAUGUGCUAUUUUUAGAUGGAUGAUGUCAUGGUUGGUAUAACCGGUUUGACAGGUUUUAGUUAUUUUCGGAAGAUGAUGUCAUAUGUAUUCCGGGGUACUAUGAUGUCAUAGUUGUUUUGAUUGGUUGACCGGAAUUUGAAAGACGCUCAUUGGCUGUCUCGUUUGACGAAGCAUUCUAAACUUGUCUGUGACUUAAAAUCACGGAGGCGUAAUGUAAUUAUGCAAGUCCUAUUUCCUGCUGCUGUGAUUGUCCUAGUUCCGGUUCACUGACUUUUGGCGGGCAAAUCGUGCAUAUUAAUGAGGGCAAAGACAAACUAGCUCUUUUAGUGCGAAAUACAAUGUUUUACUUACCUCUCUCCCUUUUCAAUUUUAUCUCUCUCCUCAAUCCCUUCUCCACAAUUUUAUUAUUUUCCCUCCUCAAUGUUUUUAUUCUCUCCUCGACAAUUGUUAUUAUUUUCCCUCCUCCUCCUCCUCCUCAUUUUUAAUGUUUUCCCUCCUCCUCCUCCUCUCCUCCUCCUCCUCAUAGUUAUUGUUUUUCCUCCUCCUCCCAUUUUCAUUGUUUUUCCUCCUCCUCCUCCUCCUCCUCCUCCUCCUCCUCCACCUCCUCAUUUUUAUCGUUUUCCUCGAAAAGGCCAAGAGGCUAAAAUCAGACCAUCACAUUUGAGUUUGGCCAUAUAGGCCUGAUGUUAGCCUCUUGGCCUUUUCGAGGAAAUACGAUAAAAAUGAGGAGGUGGAGGAGGAGGAGGGAAAACGAUAAAAAUGAAACGAGACAGCCAAUGAGCGUCUUUCAAAUAGAGUAUUACGACAUAGACGCUAAUUUAUUCCACCGCAUUUUAUUCAUGAGUUCAAGACAAUAGGUUAUGUCAUAAAACAAAAAUAAACCAGUUAUAUCAACCAGGCUAAAAAUAGAACCUGACAAACCGGUCAAACCAGUAUACUUAAUUAAAUCCACCGCAUCUUAUUCAUGAGAUGAGGACAAUAGCCUAUGACGUCAUCGGCGUUAAUGUAUUCCUGCUCACGCUCAUGAGAUUCCUAUACUACUAGUUUAAAGUAAAGAUAGACUAACGAUGGCAACACAAUAACAAUACAGUAACAAUGGGUUAGGGAACAGACAUGGAUGUUGGCCAGAUUUGAAAGAGCGACAUGGAUCUCUAGACGGCCUAGUAGUAUCAAUUGAUGGGGUGGACCUUGAUAUUUUCGCCGAAAGCAGAUUAGUUUUGUUGAGCUUGUUACAGUUGUGGCAAUAAAGGCCCCUCUCUUUUCAAGGCUUCCUAUCUAUUAAAUGCCCCCUCCUGGACCCCUAAAAUUAAAAAGACGCCCCGGGGGUUUAUUAGGUCAUAAACCCGGUGAACUCAUUUGUGAACACAGACAGGAGCUCAUAACCCGGAGCGUCUAACUUCCAUACUGCGCCUAUGCAACGGCGUUUUCACAAGUAGGUUUAUUUUUAGAUAAGCUUUUCCCGCGAAUUGCUUUCGAAAAGCCAAUCACUAGCAAUUGCGUCAUCAAUGAUAAACUUUUAAUACGUAACUAGAACAACUCCUUCACACUGAAAAAAAACAUAGAGGACGCAGGUGAGGAAUCUUCAGAGGAGUCUUCUUACAGUACUUCAAACGACAAUUUCAGUAUUUACACGGAAACUAGCAGUUCAGAAGAAGAUUUGCAAAACCUAGCCAGGACGUCUACUUCAUCGACGACAACGCAUAAUUCACGCAAAUGGAAUUAAAUCGAAAGCAUCUUCGAAAUAGCCGACUGUGAAAAGGUCCAAGCGAGCUACUAACAGUGUAAACGGCGAUCAAAUGCAGGAAUUGACCUCGUGGAACAGUUAUUUACCGCGGGAAAAGCUUAUCUAAAAAUAAACUCACUUGUAAAAACGCCGUUGCACGAAUUUAUGGCAGUUGAACGCUCCGGGUUAUGGGCUCCUGACACAGAACGGUAUACAAGCGCAACAGUUCAACAAGCAGCCAUGCGUAAUUCUUCCGGUAAACUACUUUUCAAAAUCCCCCUCGUGGACUUGGGAGGGAAAAUUCCCCAACAGGGGUAUAGAUGGUAUAAAGUUUUCGCUACUCUACGAGGAUCGAGAAAUAUCUACGGCCUUCUGUUGGUCUAGCUUCGGUUCGCGUGGCAGCCGCUCUUUUAGCGCAGUAUUUUCAGUGGACAAUACUAUUUUGUAUCUGAUCAUGUUAUCUGGUUUAGCAAAUUCGCAAGACAGAGAAAGUGUUCGUAGCUGAGUUGAGAAUUCGUCAAAUGUUUGGCCCGAGGUCUUCGAGUGAUCCCAGAACUGAUAUCCCGAUACUGCUCUCUCCAACUUAGUCCACAUUAGAUCGAAGUCGUAUCCUCACCUUCGAACCAAUCUAAACUAUCGUAAAUCUUUUAACCUUCAGGUCCGAGCCAGUCUUGUACCAGUAAGCAUUUUCAUUCGUUGAGAUGUUAACAAGGCUUCCUUUGAAGAUGUAACCACACUCUUUCUUAAAGGCUCUUAGUGCCUCCGGGCGAUUUUCAAGGCGAGGGUUGAACUUCGGUCUUUAAAAUUUCGUUAUGUUUCCAGUAAAAAAAUCCUGAGUUUUGAGCUGGGGCAGCUGCGGCAGCUUCGGCACCUUCUUCCGACAUGUUUUACAGCAAAAGCAGAAGACAGAAAUUAUCGGAUUUUCUCCUCUAGAGAGUCCCGAAAACACAGAGAAAAUCCAAAGAAUCAAACAGAUUUUACCACGAUCCAGUCGAUUGUAGUUUUGGCGCGAAGAUGUUUGAUCAGUAUUUUCGGAUCAGAUUUCCCCAAUUUCUCCACUUUAAGACUCCAAACACGUCCCACAGCUGUCCGAGAGACUUCAAGCAGCAGUUUCGUGGCUCUUUACAUCCCUGGUACCAUGUUAUAUUAAAGAUGUCGGAUCAGAGACAACACAGCAGAUGUUCACCAACACAGCAUUAUUCCGAACAACAUGUCUUCCCUCUCCUUUUCCGUUCGUGCACAAUGUCGAGAUACCACAGGCAUACCACCCUCUAACAGCAAUUUGCUGGUAAGGAAUGUAAAGUCAAAACCGGAGUGUGUAAAACUUCUUUUGUUUCUAGGUACCGAUCAAGGAUUGUUAAAUGAUGUUUAUGGUAACUCUUGGCGCACUGUCCCGAUUAGGCGUCUUCCUUAUACUUACAAUAUGGCAUAUUCAACAUUCAAAAUUUAUCGAAGUGCAUAUGACAGGUAUGACAUCAGAUUGUAGGUGACUACUUUCUUUUCCCAGUAGGCAUAGCAUUUUGUAACGUCCUUUUCACGAUGAACCAAACAUGUCUUCUCCCUACUACUCUGAGUACCAGUGUUUUUUUUUUUUUUUUUUUUCGCUUGCUAUGAUUUGUAUCGUUGGAGAUACUUCGGGGUCGGCUACAGGCCGAUCCAUCUUCGAAGUGGAAAGAAAAGAAUCGACUAAAACCAGAAACCGCACAUGAAAGUUUCUGGCUCUAACGGUAACUCCCCUCCCCCUCCUUUCGGUAACCGAAACACAGUACCGUUACUUCUCGGUUUUUGUUCACAAGGCUCUUUCUUGCCUCUAUAGUUACUCUCUCGCCCAGGGUGCAAAGCGUCGAAAAUAUAAAAUUUUAGUUUCUGGGAUUUAUAGUAGAGAGUUUAAGCAUCAGGUAAAAGGCAAACGGCAAACGUUAGAUUCAAGUUGAGAAUUUCUCAAAAUAGAACAUAAGUAAUAAAAACAGCUCAAAACAAUUCUUAUGGAUAAAAAACUACGUGAAACUACUAAUUUAUGUGUUGAAAUAAUGGACAGUAACCGAAAAGUAAAGGGGAAACUUGGUCACGUGGUACAAAUUCGCGUUUGCUGUUAGACGUAAACGUAAUGCUUAACCUCUCUAGUAACACUUACUUUUCACUUCAUAAGUAAAGGUAAAAAAUCAGUCCUCGUGAGAUUCACAAUCGCUUGGCGUUUUUCCUGUCCCUUUCGUUGCCUUUAAAUUAAAAGGGAACGUGUUUUAUAUAUAUAUUUUUUUCUUCUAGAUAUAAGGAUGAAGUUAAAGUUGUUCAUUUUCUCGGAACACUAGAGAGAAAACCUUGGGAAUUCAUAUUUAAUGAAUCCACAAAUCAACUGGAGCCCGAAGCAGAUGUUUAUGUAAAGAAGUGGUGGAAACUUCACCAAUCGUUAUCGAAUGGCUAA